UUUGAUUUUUUACGUUGAAAUCUAAAUUAAGGCUUAAUUUAACCAUAUGAAAUCCUCUGAUAAUAGUGAAGAGAGAGAACUUAGAAUUAUUGAUACUCCUGCCAAUCCAGAAGCUGAUAUUCCCCUGAUAAUCGAUCUCAAUAAGAAGAAGACAAUAAAUAAAGAUAAAAGAGGGCAAGAAAAGAUUUUGCUUCUUUCUCCUUGAAUUUUGCGAAUACUCACUUAUUACGGUACCUUUUUCGAAGCUUGAGUGCUUAUGAAUUCUUUCUCUAAGCCUACUCAAUUACUUUGGACCACAAAAAUAGCACGGAAAGUAGCAAUGAACUUUUGACAAAGGAUUAGAACCUGGUUUAUUGAACCCUGUUUUACCGGAAAAGAAAUGAAGUUCCUUCUUAAUGAAGAUAGAUACAUGUUUCUCAACCUAGAUUUAACAUUUAAUGACCAUCAGGAAAUUGAAUUAUUCAUGAUUUUUCUAAGCAAGAUAAAGUAUCCAAAUUACCUGAGUAUGUACAGACUUGAUUUCAACUGAUACUACACUGAAAUGGGAGAAAAGGAAUUUCGAAAUGUUAUUCACUACUGAUUCCAAAACCAGGUAUUACCAAAACACAUAGUAUCUCCUUGUUUCGACUUCCAUAACCCUAGUGAUUAUAUAAAGAAAAAGGAGGCAGCAUUGAAAAGAAGGCUUGCUAGAAGCUACAGACAACAUAUUGAUUUAACAGAAACAGAAUCCUCCUCUACCACGUCAAGAGUCGAGGAAAUCCGUGAAUAUCCUCGUAAAUCUCGUAAGCAUGCCUUACCUUCUCCCUCAGUUAUCACAGUAAUUGAUGAGGAGGAGACUAAGACAGAUUGUUCUCAAAACCAGGAUUCUGCAGAAGAACAGUCACAUGGCAGUUCAGAGAACUCAGGUUAUUGUCCUCCAGGAUCUUCAAUGCAAGAUUUUCUCAUAUUUCGGAAAAAUCUGAACUCUAAAAAAGAUUAA